AGAGCUCAGAGCCGGGGAGCCUUGGCCCGGGAGCCCUGGGGAGAAAGAGACGCGUGAGCUCUCUCCUCCCCCCCCUCGGUGCCGCGGCCCCACCCCCGCCGUUGCCACGGUUUCCCUCUCCUGAGUGGGAGUGGAGCGGAGCUCCUGGCUCGGCUCCGCAGCCGCUGCCGUCUGCUCCCCGCGCGCGCCUGGGAGGCGUGGACGCGGGGAGGGAGGGGCGCCGGGACGGGGACCGAGCGGAACCGAGACCCACCUGCUGCGCCCCCUCCCCCGCCCUGGCCAACCGCUGCCGAGUGCCGUGGGGGAAGGUAAACUGAGGCUGACAGGAGCUUGGUAGUCUCAGCCUCUGACAGUGUGGGCGUUUCUUGGGGCCGACCCAGCCCUCAGGCAACACGGGCCAGCGUGAGGUCGUUCUUUGUGGUCUGGCCCGGUCCUCACCACGCACCCCUCUCCUGGAGACUGAACACGGUAGGCACGCACACCGCUGCCGAGUUACACACAUCCGCGGGCCCCCUUUACCUCGAGACAGGGCGGUACCGAAUUGCCAAGUUAGAACGAAGCACAGCCUGUAGCCCCCUUCAAGCCUUGAACUUGCGCCCGGCCCGCUCCAGUCGUCUCCCUCGUCUGAACCACGGCCAGAUCCCUGAGCGGGCUGCCUGGGACCUCGUGCAGCCUUGCCCUCGAUGCGUUUUUACGAGAGCGUUCCUCCAGUGGAGAGAGCCCGGGAACGCCAGGGCGCUCUGCCUCCAGGACCCCCCAGCCCUGCCCAGAAGGCGGGGUCCUGGAGACUGGACUUCCAGAGUGAGACCUGAGCGUAAUGCCCGUGUGGUCCUGAGGCCUUGAGAAAGGCCCCGAGGUGUGUCCCGGGCCUUCUGGAACCCGGCAUCCCUCCCUGCACGCUGGGAUUGGAGCGAGCGAGGGAGGCAGCGGCGUUGUGACUCAGAGACUUACGGUACCCAGAGAGGGGCUGACACGGGGGGUGGGGAGGGCUCCCGGCGAGGGUGCAGUGCCGCCCCUCCCCCUCCCUGUCGCCAGGUGUGCGUGUCGGGGCUCAGUCUCCAGUUCGCUGCGCCCUUUGCCCUGGCGAGUCAGCGUCCCCCCGGGCGGGUGGUCGUUCUCGGGGCGACUCUAGACUAGGCAACGAGGCGAAGGUCGCCGAGACCCUCCUCCCCCUCCCCAAGACCGAGGCUUGUGAGCAGGAGGAGGACCUGUGCGGAGCGGGAGCCGCAGAUCGGCCACUCCCCUGCUCCAAUCUCUGACAUCCGAGAGGCGGGCCCCUGGGAAGGGUGCGACCGAUAAGAGCUGGGAGGACCCGGGCUGGGACGCCAGGCACUCUCGCUUUCCUGUUUUGCCUUCGAGGACGCGUCUAAACGCUCGGGGAGAGGCCGCGCGAAGGAGGACCCUUAGCGUAAAUCUGGGUGCAGUGUAGGCAGCCCCGGCAGGGGCCAGGACACCGAGGAGAGGCUGAAGCUAGCCGUUCCCUGCAAGUGCUCGUCCUCCUCUUCCACCCUGGGCCUCCGUGUCUCGGGGAGCCUCCAGGACCGGUUCCAGAGAGCCUCUCCGGGCCCUUUGAAACCCUCAAGCUGUCUUCAGGCCUUCCCAACCCCCAGCACGCCGGGGCCUCCCCGAAGGCAAACAGCCCCGGAGCUGCAGAUAAGCCUGGAGCUGUUGACAGAGGCUGCCUGCGUCUGCGUGGAAGGGCCAGGAUCGGACUUUGCCUCACAGCGCGCCUGCCCCUGCCGCCUUUAAGGGCUUCCCCAGGCAGGAAGCAGAGCGGUCCUGCUGACUGUUACUGUUACGGAGGCACCUCGUGGCUGCACUCCAGGGAUGACUCUAAAUGCCAGGCACCGCACACCCCAGACCCCAGAAGGCUCUGCCUGCCUCAGCCAGCCUCUGUGACCUUGCCUUUACUUCCAGGCCCUUGUACAGCCUGCUCAUAGCAGGGCAGGUAGAGCUGGGCAGCGCUGCUCCCCUCCAGCCUCCUUUUCUCUGAUAGAGGGAACAUUCAGAAAUAAGAAAAGCUGAGCAAACCAAGGAAGAAACAGGAGGCCUACUCCAAGACAAUUGUGGGGGUGACCCUAGCAGAAGAGAGGGCCUUUUUGUUCUUAUUCAUCUGAUUUUAUUCUCUCAGUAACUCAGACUAGGUAGGAAAACCUGAAUGCUGUCCCCUCCUGGACUCAGAACCCCCACACAUCAUUUCCCACUAAUUAUAGAGCAGAAUUUAGGUUAACAGACUUCCUUUUUAAAAAGCAGAUGCCCAUGGGAAGGUGAAGUCGUGGGUCACUUAUACCUUAGUGCAAAUCACUCGGUAAAUUUAAAUUGCUGGCUCUCCCCACCAUCACCACAGGGAGUGCUAGCUUGAUAGGACAAUUGGAACAUGGGGAGGGUGUUGGGCUGGCAGAAAUUUCAGCCGGGCGUUGAUGGCUCUAUAGGUCAGUGGUUCUCAACCUUCCUAAUGCUGUGACCCUUUAAAGCAUGUUCUCAUGUUGUGGUGACCCCAACUAUGGAGGUACUUUUGUUGCUGCUUCAUAACUGUAAUUUUGCUACCGUUAUGAACCAUGAUGCAAAUAUCUGUGUUUUCUGAUGGUCUUAGAUGACCCCUGUGAAAGAUUUGUUUGCCCCUCCACCCGCACCCGAAGGGGUCAUGACACACAUGUUGAGAACCUCUGUGUAGAGGCAGGGAACAAGAUGGGAACUAAAGACAGAAGCAAAGGAUGUAGUCUGGUAGGAAACAGGCUGCCUGGGUUGGUGUCUGGGGUGACGUCCUGAAGGCUUCCAAACAGAGCUUAGACAAGGGAGGGUCUAAGGCUAGGACACAACAGGGCCCUACCUAGGGAGACACACUUUCUCCUCAUCUGUAGGGAUGAGAAAUUAUCAGGCUCCUCCUGCGUCAGCAUCAGAGGGUCCUGGGUGCAGGUUUCUUGGCCUUUGCACCAAAUGUCCAGGUAGCCUAUGGCUGUGUGUUGGUUGGUGGAAACAGCCUCUUUACUACGGAAGGAGGGCUUUACCAUGUCUUUCCUGUUGUUUAUGAGCCAAAAUCUUCACCACCCACCAACCCAAGAUUGACUCCCUAGCAGGCUUUUUGGAUGCAUUCUUCUGUGAGUGCACCAUGUUCCCUGCAGAAGGAAUCAUGCUAAGGAGGGAAGAUGGCGGCGACUUGGCUUCCGCGCCGUUUGCAUCACCUGGGUUUCACGUUUGACCGUAUCUGUGAUUGGCAAGGGAGCUCCAUUUUGUUAUAAGAAACUUCAGUUGUCUGGGAGGUGCUGCUCAGAUAAUGGGCGUCAAAGCCCCUUGUUACCCUCAGUUAGAAUCUACUGCUGUUUGCUCAUGUGAGACUCACAGAAGCAAGGCAGGGAGAGUGGGUAAGUGAUCUAUUUCCUAUCAGCUUAGGGACAAGAGGCAGGCCUCAAACUCCUGGGUUCACACAGUCUUCCUUUUCCAGCUUCCCAAGUAGCUAGGACUACAGCCAUGUGCAAUCAGCCCACUUCAAUGGGACUCCUCUUCCACCUUAAAUCUCUUCAGGAAAUCACAAAACCCCAAAAGGAAGGAUGGUGCAGUUUCCUCCACAGCCCAAGCUGGUCCUCCCACCAGGAUGACUACAGAACUAGAUGUACCCUGGCUAAGUUCAUUCUUGCCCCACUCUCCCCAAAAAUUUUGUUAGGCUUUUCAACCACCCAAGCCUUUCACCAUUAAAUCCAUCCUUUGGAUAAAGGCGGAAGGGGGAGAUGCCCAGGUCCAUCUCGGAGAUUAAAGCCUUCACAGCACCCUACAGCUGUAAAUUGUUUCACCCUGUAAAAGCUGCCUGUCAGGUGAUAUCCCAUUUGCCCCCCCGCCCCCCCCCGGAGGAAAAUACAAAAAACGGCUGGAAUGAUUGGAUCGUGGGAGGAAGUUGGGCUGAUAGAGAGCAUAAGCCGUAGCCUGGGGUUCUAGAAGCAGGAUGUGAGGAUGCUAACUUCUCUGAGCCUUGGCUUCCUUGUGUGAUGGGACUGAUAGCAGCUCAUACCCGUGCUGUGUGGGAGCAUCAUGACCGUCUUUGUUCUCAAGAAAAGCCACUGGCAGAAGAUCCGGACCAUGGUCAACCUGCCGGUCAUGAGCCCUUUCAAAAGGCGCUACUCGUGGGUGCAGCUGGCAGGGCACACAGGGAGUUUCAAAGCUGCGGGCACCAGUGGCCUGAUCCUGAAGCGGAGCUCCGAGCCGGAACACUACUGUCUGGUGCGCCUGAUGGCCGACGUACUGCGCGGGUGUGUGCCAGCCUUCCACGGCGUGGUGGAGCGGGAUGGCGAGAGCUACCUGCAGUUACAGGACCUGCUCGAUGGCUUUGAUGGGCCCUGUGUGCUUGACUGCAAGAUGGGCGUCAGAACUUACCUAGAGGAGGAGCUGACCAAAGCCCGAGAGAGGCCCAAGCUGCGGAAGGACAUGUACAAGAAGAUGCUGGCAGUGGACCCUGAGGCGCCUACUGAGGAGGAGCAUGCGCAGCGCGCGGUCACCAAGCCACGCUACAUGCAGUGGCGCGAAGGCAUCAGCUCCAGCACUACGCUCGGCUUCCGCAUUGAGGGCAUCAAGAAAGCCGACGGAUCGUGCAGCACUGAUUUCAAAACGACGCGGAGCCGAGAGCAAGUGACGCGUGUCUUUGAGGAGUUCAUGCAGGGAGAUGCCGAAGUGCUGAGGAGGUACCUGAACCGCCUGCAGCAGAUCAGGGACACCCUGGAGAUCUCAGAUUUCUUCAGAAGGCAUGAGGUGAUUGGCAGCUCACUCCUCUUCGUGCAUGACCAUUGCCAUCGUGCUGGUGUGUGGCUCAUCGAUUUUGGCAAGACCACGCCCCUCCCCGAUGGCCAGAUCCUGGAUCAUCGGCGGCCCUGGGAGGAGGGCAAUCGUGAGGACGGCUAUUUGCUGGGGCUGGACAAUCUCAUUGGCAUCUUGGCCAGCCUGGCUGAGAGAUGAGGCAGGGCCCUUUCCCCCAGCUUGGGCCGGCUGGUCAGACAGAUGUGGACCUGUGGCUGCGUCCCCACCCUGCAUGCCGGCAAGAGACUGGAACCCCGCUGGGCGGGCGGUUCACACGGUCCUGCAGGGCCAGGUGCCAUCCACUAAGGGGGCACACUGCCAACACCAGGAGUUGGCCUCCACACAAGCCUGUUUCCCAGAGCUCAAUGACACUAAUUUAUAGGAGGGGAAGGAAACCGUGGGCUUCUCCCCCACCCCAGCUCUUCUCAAGUGGCUUCACACCUCUCUAGAGGGGCCAGAUCUGGAGUUGUACUUCACAGGUGUAUAGAAUUACUGGCCUAACUUCCUACACUACCGAGGACACCCUUCCUAAUAAAACUCAAAGCCUCGGC